AUGAUCGAGGACAUCAGGGAGCUUACCAAGGAGAGCCCAGCGGUGGAGGGACAGAAAGCGGAGCCAGCUGGCACAGCCACCGACAGCCGCCAUGGCAGAGAGAAGAGCGAGCUGGGGGACGCCGAGGGCUCCAGCCGGCCCUGCUGCUACACUAAAGCCGAAGAGGAAUCCGAGGAGGAUGUCUACGACCACCACGGCCCUGACCAUCGAGGGAAGAACAGCUACCACCGAGGCGCGGAGAGCAAUGGCAGGGUGUUGGGGAGCUCUGCCAGCUCAUCCUACUACUACGGGGACAGUGAGUACCGGCACUCCUCGCGGGCUGACAAGCACGGCUCUGGUAUAGCACUGCCGAAGCAUUCAUCCAAGAACCUGGCGCCCGCCGUCGUCUCUUCGAAGCGCAGCAAGCACAGGAAGCAGGGCAUGGAGCAGAAGAUCUCCAAGUUCUCCCCCAUCGAAGAAGCCAAAGACGUGGAGUCAGACCUAGCCUCCUACGCGGUGACAACCUCGGUCGGCAGCAGCAACGUGGCCUCCAGGGCCAAGAAGCUGCAGGAGGAGAUCACUUAUGGCCUGAAGAAGAAUGUCUAUGAGCAGCAGAAGUACUACGGCGUCUCAAGCCGGGAUCUAGUGGACGAGGAGGAGCGGGUCUAUUCCACCGGCAGCAGAACCCGCUCCUCUGGCUAUGGGGUGGAAAAGUCCUCCGUCCGGGAGUCGGGCGGCCGGAGCAAGUCCUAUGAGCGGGAGGGCAUGGAGCGCUCCCAGAAAGGUGGCUCCAAGCCCUCAUCCCUCGGCAUGAGCCAGAGCCGUGGCCGGGCGCCGGUCCGUGCGCAGCCCUCGGAGGAGGAGAGCCCCGUCAGCCCCCUGGGGAAGGUGGUGGGAGGGUCGCGUGCUACAGGGGGGUCCGGCCCCCAGUCAGCGGGGGACCCCUGCUCCCAGUUCUGCUCCAGCCACUCGUUGCCUGAUGUGCAAGAGCACAUCAAAGACGUGCCAAGGAGUCACUCGUACAAGCACGAGGAGGGCUACGGCAUGGACGAUGCCCAUUGCGUUGUCUCGGACAGCGAAGCCGAAAGCGGAGCAGACGGACGCAUCCAAACCCGCAGCGAAAGUGCCACAGCAGCCGGGGAGAGCGCCCACGGCACAGCCCCUGGGAGCAGCAGCGGUGUCGGCUUUCGGCAAGAAGUUCACUUCGUUCUGGUGAGAGAACGGCACAAGGUGCUGUCAAGCGUGGAUGAGGUGGUGGAGCUGUACCGGGAGCUGAGCCGCCACCCAGGGCUCAAAGCUGCCUGCCUCGGCCCCGAUGUCACCACCCAGUACGGGGGCAAGUACUGCAGCCUCCACACCGAGUGGUCACAGCGGGACCUGGCACGGGCUGAGAACAUCAAGUUCUGCCGCCAGUACCUAAUUUUCCAUGACGGGGCCUCCAUCGUCUACUCGGGCCCUGCCGGCACCUGCUCUGAGAUGCAGGACGAGGUCAUGUUCGUGGUGGACACGGUGACGGGCGCCACGACCUCGCUGACGGCCGAUGCCCCCCAGGGAAGCUGGUCUGUCCUCACCAUUGACCGGGACAUCUUGGUGGCCAGGUUCUCCACCCCUAGCUGCCCCCACACACUGAAAGUGGCUGUCCUGCCCAGUGCUGGCCUGGAGGCGCAGGUGCAGUGGGUCUGCCUGCAGGACGCCCCCCCCGUGCCUGGCAUCAGCUGGGGUAUCCGCACACUGCGGCCCCCGCCAGCGCAGGAGCACCCCCAGUACGGGGGCCUGGACUUCGAUGCCAUCCUGCUGCGCCCAAGUGAGGGCCCCACCGCCCAGAAGCACCCCCUGGUCGUGAUGCCCCAUGGGGGUCCCCACUCCGUCUUCACGGCCGGAUGGAUGCUGUACCCGGCAGCGCUGUGCCGCGUGGGCUUCGCCGUGCUGCUGGACCAUUUUGGCUGCCUGGCCUGGUCGCACUCGGAGACUCACCUGCUCUACGUGGCGGAGAAGAAGCGUCCCAAGGCCGAGUCAUUCUUCCAGAGCAAAGCCCCGGAACUGAGUGCUUCCAACGAGGAUGCGUGUCGUCCUGAGAAGGCGGACGUGCCCCUCAAGGGUGAGCAGUUCGUGUACCACGAGGACUGGGGGGAGGCACUGAGCAAACGCAGCGUGCCUGUUCUCUGUGUCAUGGAUGUCGAGGCCAGCAGUGUCUCAGUGCUGGAGGGCGUCCCGGAGCACCUCUGUCCCGGCCAGGCUUUCUGGUCCCCCGACGACACCGGCGUGGUCUUCGUGGGCUGGUGGCCCGAGCCCUUCCGCCUGGGGCUGCAGCACUGCACCAACCGCCGGUCAGCGCUCUUCUACGUGGACCUUACGAGUGGGGCAUGCGAGCAGCUCUCUGACAACAACAUGGCCGUGUGGUCCCCGCGGCUCAGCCCCGACCGCUGCCGCAUCGUCUACCUGGAGCUUGGCCAGUUCCCUGACCCCUACCAUGCUUGCGUAGUCCGCAACCCGGUGGUGAACAUCGCCUCCAUGGUGGCUGCCACCGACAUCCCCGACUGGUGCCUGACGGAGACGGGGCUGCCCUACGUGCCCGGCACCCUGCCGGACCCAGCCCAGUGGACAGAGAUGCUGCACAAGUCGCCCAUGCGCUACAUCGACCAGGUCCGCGCGCCCGUGCUGCUGAUGCUGGGGGAGGACGACCGGCGGGUGCCCCCACAGCAGGGGCUGGAGUAUUACCGUGCCCUCAAGGCCCGUGGGGUCCCCACACGGCUGCUCUUGUACCCAGGAAACAACCACGCGCUGGCCGGCGUCGAGGCCGAAGCCGACGGCUUCAUGAACAUGGUGCUGUGGCUGGUCAAGCACCUGCAGUGGUUACAGCAGGACUUGGAGCGGGGCGAAGACAUCAAGUUCUGCCGCCAGUACCUGAUCGUCCACGACGGUGACUCUGUCGUCUACUCGGGGCCCACACGUGUCCCCGUCCCUCUUGCCCGCAGGUUGCUGAUGGUAACGGGGCUGCCCUACGCCCCCAGCACCCUGCUGGACCCGGCCCAGUGGACGGAGAUGCUGCACAAGUCGCCCAUGCGCUACAUCGACCGAGGGCUGGAGCAUUACCGUGUCCUCAAGGCCCGCGGGGUCCCCACGCAGGAUGACCACACGCCGCCCGUUGUUGAGGUCAAAGCCAACAGCUUCACGAACACGGUGCUGUGGCUGGUCAAGCACCUGCGCUGCUAA